AUGAAAGACGGUGUUUUGGAGGAGGCCAAGUACUUUGGGAUCGAAAGUUUGGUCAAGGAUCUCGAAGCCCUCACCAAGGCCGCUGACUUCACUGGCGCCGAUCUCUCGAGCCUGGAUCUGAACCGCAUCAACUUCAAGUGGGCUAAGCUGCGCAACUGCAACCUAUCCCACGCAAGCCUCGGCCACUGCAGCUUCGAGGGCGCAGACUUGAGCGGCGCCAAGCUCGAGAAAGCUCAGCUUCUAGGAGCAAAGAUGAACAAGGCCAACCUGACGGGAGCCACCAUGAAGAACUGCGUCCUGGGACAACAAGGCGAUAUCGCUUCCAACAUUGCUAACCUCGAAGGGGCCAACCUGCAGGAUGCCGUGCUGGACGGGAGCAAAAUGUACGGCGUCAACCUCAAGGGGGUGCUUCUGAGGAAUGCCAGCAUGGUAGGCUGUGACAUGCGCAGCGCAGUCCUUACCGGUGCUACCAUGGUGGACUGCAACUUGUCCAGCUGCAACCUGCAAGACGUGGUCCUCGGCUAGCGGCUGGCGACAUGCGAAACGGCUUCCCGUGAUCUCGGCCUAGGAGGCGCACCAUACUGCAAUA